AUGGCAGUGAUUUCCCUAGCCAAUAAUGUCGCAAGGCCUUUUCCUCAAGCCUCUUCCUCAAUAUCUCACGGAAAUUCCUAUCGCAAAGUCUCCCGGGUCUGCUUCACCUCUGCCUUCAAAUUCUCCGGGGGUCGAAAUGCGUCGGAAGAGAACAGGGGAUAUUAUUCAAGGGUUGACAACAGGGGAUAUGCCGACAAGAACUGGAGCAAAAAGGAACGAGACGUGAGUAGGAAGGCAAAAGAAACCGUGGAAGAUGGCCUGGACAAAAGCAAGCAAAAAGCAGAGGAAAUCAAAGACGCAACCAAGGAGUAUGCACAGGGCGUAGGGGAGACGGUGGCAGAGAAUACAAAACAGGGAACAAACACAGCAGCCGAGACAGCAGAGAGCGCAAAGGAGAGAGCCAAAGAGUACGCGUACGAGACAAACAAGACCACCAAAGAUUUGGCUGGGACUGUAGUGGAUAACGUCAAAGAGGGGACUAACAAGGCCGCAGAGACGGCGGAGACGGCUGUAGACAAUUUGAAGGAGGGGGCGAGCAAGGCGGCGGAGACGGUGGAAACGGUGGUGGAGAAUGUGAAGGAGGGGACGAGCAAGGCGGCGAAGGCGGUGAAUGAUACGGUCAAUCCUGAUGGGAAGAAAUAUUGA